CAUCAGAAAGCUCUUUUUCCCAUUCAUUGUUGCUGGACAACGAGGGUGCAACUAUGCCGAAGUUCCUCGGCGAUGAGGACUUCCCCUGGCAAUUGGCGGCAGCUGUUGAUCCGCUGACUUUGCUGAAGUUCCUCGUGUCUGCUCCAGGCAAUUGGCGGCGAGGUCUUCCCUUGGUAUAUUUACCUUGGAGAUGCUAUACUUCUUUUCGAAGUUAUGAGUCAGUAGAUAUUCAAGUCAUUUCUUGA